UAGACUGAAUCAGGGUUUUAGAAAGGGCUUUUCCUGAAAUUCUCCGGUUCAGAUUCUGGGCGGGUGUGGAUCCAGAAUGCAGAGGACCAUCCCGCUUUUGCGUGGGACUCUGGCGAGAGGCCGCGGAUUUUCCACCAUCCCAUCGUCUUCUUCCGAGAAAAUCGUCGCGUCUGUACUCUUCGAGAGGCUGCCUGUCGUCAUCCCCAAAAUCGACCCCGUCGUUUAUGCGUAUCAGGAGUUCGCGUUCCGGUGGCGGCAGCAAUAUCGGCGCAUAUAUCCAGAUGAGCUUUUAGACAAGUCCAAUGCUAGGGGAAAAGGUGACUACCAAAUUGAUUAUGUACCUGCUCCACGGAUCACCGAAGCUGACAAAACGAAUGAUAAAAAGUCAUUGCAGAGAGCACUUGACAGAAGACUAUAUCUUCUGCUCUACGGAAAAACUGAUGGAUCUGCUGGGAAGUCAGUCUGGCAAUUUCCCGAAAAAGUUUACCAGUCUGAAGAGACACUGCGGAAGUGUGCCGAAUCUGCUUUAAAAUCUGUCUUGGGAAACCUCUCACACACGUACUUUGUUGGAAAUGCGCCCAUGGGCCAUAUGGAACAGCCAGAAGAGAAUAUUAAGCAAUUCUUUUUCAAAUCUCAAGUGAUUGCAGCCAACAAGUUUGACAUUGGGAAGUGUGAGGACUUUGUAUGGGUGACCAAGGAUGAACUGAUAGAGUACUUUCCUGAGAAAGCUGACUUCCUUAACAAAAUGAUCAUCAGCUGAAUCCCCACCCGUUUUUUGUUCCCAGAAAGUUUUUGCAUAUCAGUGAAAGAAUUAGUAUUGACUCUUUAUGGUAGAUUAAAGCUGGCACAGAGAAUCGUAGGUAAUAGAAAGCUGAAAAUUUUGUGUUCAUGCUUUUGGUGGCUGACACUUGACAUAUCGGAUUGUUUGUCACUUAGAUCAGUGCUGUUUCUCAAUGUAAGUUGCCAGCUUUUUUCGUCUGCAAUAAUAUGUUCCUUUCUGCAA